CCGAAGGCUCCAACGGCCCCUCAAAGAGCAAAGUCGUCGGUGCCGUCUUUGGCACGCUCAUCGGCCUCACCCUCUGCAUAUUCGCCAUCUUUUUCUAUCGCCGACGCCGUGCGCCACCCGCCGGCCUACCCGUUCAACAGAACAUUCUUUAGACAAAGAUCGAGCUUUAUGGGUGGUGGCGCUAAGGGAAUGAACAAGUAUGGAAUUGCACCGAGCGAGAAUGAUAUUGUUGGGGGGAAUAUGGCGGGGUGGGGGGCUUCGAAAGAGUAUGAAGCCAUCUAUCCCAACUCGCCCAACACGGCUGGUCGUUAUGGUGGAUAUGGCACGAAUGGGGUGGGGUAUGGAGCUGCGGGUGUAGGUGCCGUUGCCGCGGCGAUUGGAGCAGGUGGACGGCACCUCUCGACGUUGGACGAAAAGAGCUCGGAGGGAUCACGUACGCCUUCUGCCCUCGUCCAAACUACACCCGUCCCAGACUCGAUGGUCAACGCUGCCCCGGGUUUAUUGUCCCCCGUUGAUGCUAAACGGCCGUCUACUUCACUGGACGCCAGAAGGUUGUCGGCUAUUCCCGACUUGUCCCUCGCGGUCGUCAACGGUGACUCCACUGCUACUCCACCAAAUGGAGCAGCAGCAGCUGAUGGUCCAAGGAAAUUGAGUGUGGAUACGACGGCCGAUAUCGCGCGAACCCUAACGCCACCUUCUACCGCCGCAAUCUCCGAUCCCGGCAGCCCGGCAGGAGGAAACCAUAAUAAUGGAACUGGACACCUCAACGCACACGGCAAACUUUCUCAAGCUCAACAAGCUGUAUUGGCAGGGCUCGAACAGCAUGCAGCGUUGCUGGGUGUGGAGUCGCCUAAUGUUUUGGGUACCGAGACGCCAGCGUAUUCGGAAAGACAUGCGUAUGAUGGAAUGGAGAUUUACUCGCCUGUGAGCUCGGCGGUGACCCUUUCGAAUCGACAUUCGGGAUUGCCGUAUACGAUGCCGUCGCCUCCUAUGCCACUCACUGGAUUACCUCCUCUUCCUUCCCACAACCCAAAUAACAUGGCUAAUAUGACGAUGCCAGUAGUAGCAUCGAGUUCACCAAUGUUGACAGGACCUCCGAAUAUCCCGCUGCCUCCACCUCCCGUUUUGGAUACAUCGGUCGACAAUAGUCCCUACAACCAAUCCAAUAAUCCCUUCCGUACACCACCUGCCGAGAACUCGGAUACCGAGGUGAACUUGGCUGGACGAGGGGCAAACGGUUUCAACCACGCCGC